AAAUGAAUUAAUUGAAAAAAAAAAAAAAAAAAGAGAGAGAGAGCAUAGCAAUCCAAUUUGUCAUAGCAGCUCUUUUCAAUUUUGGAAAACAAAUUAUGUCCUCAGAUGAAAAGAUAAGAUUCAUACUGAGCCACAAACCAAACCAGCCUCGUGUUCUUUUGGGGGCUUCAGAGAGUGAGUUUAUGGUUAUGUUAAUUUCACUGAGACUAUCUCUUUGUUUUAGGAAGUAAAUCACACACACUAGAUGAGUUGCAAAAUAAACUCCUUAAGCCCACCGAUUCCAUGCAAAUUGUACACAAAGAAACCAAAGCUUAGAAGAAGAAACACCAUCAUCUUCUCUUCCUUUACCUCAAGUGAAGAACAGCAAAAAACCAAUUCCAUUAGCACAACCACUGAAACCACAGCAACUGAGGCUUACACUGUGAAUUUCAAGACAGAAAAGGGUUGCCAACUUGGCAUUUCAAGAUAUCCUGACUUUGAAUAUGACGCUGAAGGGGGAAAGGGAACUGGGUCUGGUACAAAGGUGUCAGAGAACCCAGCCAACAAUGACCUUCUUGUUUCAUUUGAUCUUGAAACUUUGUAUAUUCCUCCAUUAACAAGUUCUACAACCAAGUUUCUUGGAUUGCCUUUGCCACCAUUUUUGAAGAUUGAUAUAGUUCCUCAAGCAUUCCAAGGAACUAUUAACCAAGAAUCUGGCAAGGUUGAUCUUGAAUUCAAGGCCAAGUUCUUGUUUUCUGCUGGUAGUCUCUAUAAGGCUCCCCCAUUACUGGUGAAUACAGUGUUGACAUCUGAAGAAUCAGAGGGCACUACGAAGAGUGUAAGAGGCAAGAGAUUGGAUAAAGAGGGAAAAUGCAGACUGGUUGGUGUGGCAACAGUUGAUCCUAUUGAUGAUUUCCUUAUGAACUCCUUCCUUGGCCUUCCAACUGAGUGUCUUGCCAACCUAAAUGCUGUAAUCUCCAUUUCUUCCUCAUCUUAAGAUCUCAUCACAAAAGUUGAACAUAUUUUGAUACCUAUAUACAGUCAUAAUAUCCAAGUUGAAAAUUCAAUGUGAAAUAGUACAAGAUGAUGCAUUGUACAGAACAGUCAAAAUUGAACUAGUCGCCCUUUCCAACCUUGUGGCCUGAUAGCCAUAUACAAAACUUUAGGUAAAGCAAUUCUAAUGGACCGAAAUAAUAAUGAGUAAAGUGUAAUACAAUAUCCUUCAAUUUUUGUUAUCUCAAAUGUGUUUUUAACACUAUUUUUUAAGGACUGAUUUCGUGUAUAAGGAGAUGAAAGAUUUUCAUACAAAUAUUAAGAAUCUAUACACUUAUUGCUCUUGAAAUGUUUUAGUAUACUGAUUUUAUACAUGGACAUGGAAUUUUACAAAGCUGGUUCAUAACUAUUGCAUGAGAAAUUUGAAGAAUUUUCAUAUUUGAGGGAGCUGAAUCUAACCAGCUUGAACCGACAACAUUGGUUUUCAAAAUUCAAAAACUGAAAUUUGUGGUUUCUGUGGGAAUAAAUUAUACGAGUACUCAUGCAACAUUUUGGUAUUAAAUUCAGAAUUUGACUUGAGAAUCUUCUAUACUUUGACCAUGAUUUUAUUACUACAUUGUAACCGAGAAAUCAAUCUAUUUUGCAUAAGCCAUUAGAGGUGUGAUGUUUGACGAUUUUUUUUUACUCUAUUUAAACACACACGAGCACAUGACUAUUGAACGAAAAAUUGAACAUGAUAAUGGCUAGAUAAAAAUUUGUUUCAUGAUUCGUGCAGUACUAAAAUAAUAUUUUAUUAACCAUCAUUCUCCAACAUGAAAAGAAAAAACUUUGUAGUUUAUAUGUUACUGACACAUUAUUCUCCAGUGAUAGUUUCCAUGUGUCAAAGCUAAAUAAGAAAACAUAUAUAUACAAGAGGUAUAAACAAGGGACUCAGGCUUUGUUAGUAAGAAGUUUGAAGGAGAAAGGGGAAGCAUAAAAUGAAGUAAAAACUGAAUAAUUUGUAAAGUCUCUACCUAAAGAAUAAAGAGUUGAGAAAGCAUAUAACUUUCGGCAGCUUAUGACCUCAAAUUAUGAUAGUGGGGAGUUUUGAAGUAAAUACUCCAUUAUCUUGUUUACUGCUUCAUCAAAUAUUCUAAAUCGAACUACAUCCUACCUACUAAAAAUCAUAUAUAAAGUGAAGGACUCUUCUGUUAGAUGAAAGAUAAUUAAUUACAUUAAAAAAUCGAAGUAAAAUUCAAAACAAGAAAGAAAAGACUUGGGUUGUGAAAUAAUAUUAUUUUUAGCCUGAAAUCUGACGACCAUUUACUUAUCUAAAUUUAUACGAAAAUGACUUUUUCUCAUCUCUCAUUGUGGUAACGGUUUUUUUCACUCUAAUGACCUCUCUCUCUCUCAAUCUUAAAAUUUCAUGUUCACUUUUAUAAAUGAGAUAAAGUGAACUAGCUAAUUUUGGCCUUUUUUUUCACAUAGAAUGAGAGAGUAAUAUUUAAUGCAAAUAAAGUUAGAUGAAUCCUCUUUGUGCAGGAACAAAAUGUUUAGUUUUAUUUUCACUUAAAGUGAUUAAAUUCGCUUAAGCCACCCUAUCCUGACAUUUUCGUUUGAGCAGAAGUCGGAUGACUUAAGCAAAAUUCGUUAAAAUUAUUUUCAUUUAAAUAAAUUUAAAUUACCUUAAGCGAAAAUCUGGAAUUCAUAUUCCUGCGCUAGAUCCCACUUUAUGGGUUUUUAGAUGUGUCUUAUGAAAAACAUCUAUUAUAAUGUUUCGACAAAUAAAUUGCAAAGAUAACUCCAACCGGUUAACUUGAUGAAAUGUGUUGUUAUUUGGAUGAAAAAAUGCAGAUAGACAUGAAAAGAAUAAAAGAUAACAAAGUCAAAUAUAAAACAACAAAGUACCCGCUGUUAUGCAUUAAUUUAUUGUUUCGUAGGUUUAUGGUGCCGGAGGCCUCCCUUGAAAGGGAAGAUUGAUUUUGUGAUAAUGUUGUUUUUAUUGGCAUGAUAAUUUUUAACAGCAAACCAUGCAAAAUAAUGGUACAUUACAGUAGUUUGAUGCAUAUAGAAAAUCUUCGUGGACUCUUUCUACAUGACAGAGUUU